AGAAGCGUCACGAUCAACCAACCCAUGGCAGACAAGGAGCUCGUCGCCGUGCGCCCCAAGGUGGCCGAGGAGGAGGACACGGGCGCCCAGGUGGCCCCCAUCGUUCGGCUCGUGGAGAUCACCGUCACCACCGGCGAGGAGGACGAGGAUGUACUCCUCGACAUGUUCGACAAGGACGACAAUCAGUGGAAGGAGCGGGGCACGGGCACUGUAAAGCUCUUAAAGCAUAAGGAGACCGGCAAGGUCUGCCUCCUCAUGCGCCAGGCCAAGACGCUCAAGAUCUACGCCAACCACCUUUUGGUCUCCACCAUGAAGAUGCAAGAGCACGCCGGCAGUGACAAGUCGUGCGUCUGGCACGCCGCGGAUUUUGCUGAUGGUGAGCUUAAGGAGGAGAUGUUCGCUAUCCGGUUUGGCUCUGUAGAGAACUGCAAGAAGUUCAAGGACUUAGUUGAUGAGAUUGCUGAGUCUCUUGCAAAGGAUGAAGGCAAGGUAAAUGAAGAUGGUUCAUCCACAGCAGGAUUGCUGGAGAAGCUCACCGUGAGUGAGAGCAAAUCUGAGGAAGGUGUGAAGGGGGAAGCAGUAACCAAAUCCGAGGCUACCGCAUCUGAGUAGUUGGCACUGCAGAGAAGAUUGCCUGGUGGUGAGUCAGUUUAUCUGUCCUCGCAAGUGGAAGUUUGGUACUUGGUACCCAUGAAAUAUGCUGCUAUCCUUUGGGGUGAGUCGGAGCAGAGUCAUCGAGUCUUCUUCUAAAGCGCUCUCCUGUCUGGGUAGCCUCCAUUGUUUUAAAAGGUUACCGUUCAGAGUUCAAGGUUGGCGUUUGGAUUUGGUCUAGUCUGGGCUUGAUUUUGUUGAAAACUUGAAGUCCAUUGGUAUCAGUCGCCAACGUUUGGUAUGUGAGUUUGCAAGUAUUUCGCUGCAUGGAUCGUUAUGGACUGCGUUAAAUUUGUAUAAGAUGCAUCAUCUAUUUUUAUUUGUGUUAUAUUACAAUACUUUUUUCAUACUAUUUA